AUGCUCCAAAACUCGAAUAUUCAAGGACAGCAGAUACCGGAAAACAAUUAUCUUGUGAUGUCUGCGCCAUCAAGUCCUUUCCAACACCAACAACAACAGUCUUCGCAACUCCCAUCGAGCUCUGGUGGGUAUGGCAGUUCGCAAUUCGAUGAACAAUCUUUGGGGAAUAGAACGCCUCAGUUCCCAUCAUCAUCCCGUGGUGGCAUAGCAUCAACCCAACAAUUUGGGACUGAUAGUGCUGAUAACGGUUUGCAAUCAGAUGCACAUAUGGAAGGUGUAGAUGAGGAUUCUCAAGAGGUAACUCCAUUGGUUGGGAUCAGACAGAAGAACUUGAAUGCUAUCAAGAAGGUGGACGAUAAGACAGGUGAAACCGUGAGAGAAGCAUUUGAGCAGUUUUUGGAGAAUUACACUGCUCUCAAUGACGAAACUGGUGAGAUGGAAAAAGUUUACAGAGUCCAGAUCGAGUACAUGAGAUGGUACGAGUUGAAUACGAUUUACAUUGAUUAUAAGCAUCUAGCGGAUGUCGAAGAAGGAGCACUUGCCGUUGCGAUUCUGCAGCAAUACUAUAGAUUUUUACCAUUUCUGCUUGCUGGGUUGAGAAACGUGGUGAAGAAGUAUGCACCAGGGUUAUUGUUGACAUCAGAUUCGGUGAUGCCCUCUCAGCAACAGUCGUCACAGGAUGCAUCGCAACACCGUUCAUCACAAAGAGGUGGCACCGGGUUAGACUCCUCGCUACCGGAUUCACAGGCUGCCACUGCUGGGGGCACUGCUCCAUCUACGAUUGCGACGAACCCAGACCAAGUGGAGCGUGUUUUGCAAAUCAGUUUCUUGAAUUUGCCCACAGUUCACAGAAUCAGAGACAUUAGGGCGAACAAGAUCGGGUCCCUGAUGGCGAUCUCGGGUACUGUUACCAGAACGUCUGAAAUCAGACCAGAGCUUUACAAGGCCAGUUUCACUUGCGAAUUGUGCCGUGCUGUUAUAGAUAACGUCGAGCAAGUGUUCAAGUACACGGAGCCCACGUCGUGUCCGAACCCAACGUGUGAGAACCAAUCGUUCUGGUCCUUGAACGUGAGUAGGUCUAAGUUUUUGGACUGGCAGAAGGUGCGAAUCCAAGAGAACUCGAACGAGAUUCCAUCCGGGUCGAUGCCCAGAACGCUGGAUAUCAUCUUGCGUGGUGACUGUGUGGAAAGAGCCAAACCCGGUGACAGGUGUAAGUUUAUCGGGACGGAGAUCGUGGUACCCGACGUGAGCCAGCUGGGGCUACCCGGUGUGAAGGCCAGCAGCACGCCUGACUCGCGAGGCAUAUCGCGUACCACAGAGGGGCUGAACUCUGGUGUGUCGGGGCUCAAGUCGCUUGGUGUGCGUGAUCUAACGUACAAGAUUUCAUUUUUGGCGUGCCACGUCGAGAACGUCGGCACGAGUUUCAACGGGAGCCGUAUUGCGGAGGAAGACGCGGACAAGACGUCGAAGUUCGACUACAUCAACCUAAGAAACUACCAGAACUACGAAAUGGCUGCGGAAACGGACCAAGAAAUUUUCCUCACGAGGCUAGACUCCGAGGAGAUCAACGAGUUGAAAGAGAUGGUGAAAGACGAGAACAUAUACGACAAGUUAGUGAAAUCGAUUGCGCCUGCUGUGUUUGGCCACGAGACGAUCAAGAAGGGUAUAUUGUUGCAGAUGCUUGGAGGUGUGCACAAGACCACAGUCGAGGGCAUCAAGCUCAGAGGUGACAUCAAUAUUUGCAUUGUCGGGGACCCCUCGACGUCGAAGUCGCAGUUCUUGAAGUACGUGUGCAAUUUCUCGCCCAGGGCCGUGUACACGUCGGGUAAGGCCUCAUCUGCGGCUGGUUUGACAGCUGCUGUUGUGAAGGACGAGGAAGGUGGUGAUUUCACGAUCGAGGCCGGUGCGCUCAUGCUUGCAGACAACGGUGUGUGCUGUAUCGACGAGUUUGACAAGAUGGACAUCACUGACCAGGUUGCGAUCCACGAGGCGAUGGAGCAACAGACGAUUUCGAUUGCCAAGGCGGGGAUCCACGCGACGCUAAACGCGCGUACCUCGAUUCUAGCCGCUGCGAACCCGAUAAGCGGGCGUUACAACCGGAAACUGACGCUACGGUCGAACCUGAACAUGACUGCUCCGAUCAUGUCGCGGUUCGACUUGUUCUUUGUGAUUCUCGACGACUGUAACGAGAAGAUCGACACCGAGUUGGCCUCGCACAUCGUCGACCUGCAUAUGAAGCGGGACUCUGCCAUCAACCCGCCAUUCACUCCAGAACAGUUGAGCAGAUACAUCAACUAUGCCAAGACGUUCAAGCCUGUCAUGACAAAAGAAGCACGUGACUACCUCGUGAAGCGGUACAUUGAAUUGCGGAAGGACGACGCGCAGGGUUACAGCAAGUCGUCGUACCGGAUCACGGUGAGACAGCUGGAGUCGUUGAUCCGUCUGAGCGAGGCGAUUGCACGUGCCAACUGUGUGGACGAGAUCGUGCCCAGUUUUGUUGCUGAGGCGUACGACCUGUUGCGCCAGAGUAUUAUCCGGGUGGAUGUGGAUGACGUAGAGAUUGAGGAGGACGAUGAUGAUGAUGAGGAGGAGGGUGGGCCGGCGGCAGCGGCUACUGCCGCCGCUGAGUCAGCCGCAGGUGCCGUCUCGGGUGCCGACGCGGAAGGUGAAAUAACCGCCGAAGGCUCUCAUUCACCCUCGCACUCGCACCCGCCUUCGGCGGCUAGCGCCGCCGAUGCAGCCGCCUCUUCCGCGGAAGACAGGCCCCACGGAAAGCGCAAGGUCGCCAUCUCGUACGAAAAGUACCUCGACAUGAUGAACCUCAUCGUGCGCAAGGUGGUCGACCGGGAAAAGAACGACGAGCCCGAAAUGACGAAAACAGAGAUCGUCGACUGGUACUUGCAGCACAAGGAGUCGGACAUAAACACCGAGGCCGAGUACUGGCAGGAGAGGAAACUCGCCUUCAAAGUCAUCAAGCGUCUCGUCAAGGACCGUGUCCUGAUGCAGAUCCACGGUCAGAACAACGACGACAACCUGCUGGGCGGCGGCGGCGGCCCGGGUAACCUCGACACACUGGGUAACCCGGACCAAACCCAGCAGCCCCACACCGUAUACGUGAUCCAUCCAAACUGCAGCGUGCUGGACGAGAUCCUCCCAGACACCACCACCACCACCUCGCCACGCCCAGAGAACUCGUAG